ACCUGUGAGAGUUGGAGCAGAGACCAGUUAGAAUCAGCACCGGGGCUGCAAGCCAGCUGACGGGAACUCAACUGGAGGGAAGAUGGUUUUCUCCCACAAGGGCUUCAUCCUGAAACCAGGGGUGCUUUGUUCAAAGAACCAAUCGGGGUGGCUGAGGUUCUGACCCAGUACCUGAAAUCAGCGAUGAACUGGAUGUAGGUGAGCAAACUGAAAUUAAUCCAGGUAAGACAGAGGUGGGAGAAGAGCUGGUCUAGGAUUAAGUGUAGUGCCUAAUUUGGAUGGAGUUGCAACCCCACCCCAACCCAGUUAAGGAUCAGGUUUGUAGCUUGGAAGAGCUGCCAGAUGUGCCUGAAGACUUUUGAGUAAUGUAGGCUAGUACCCUAGCUAUGCCCUAUUAUGAUGGACAAGACCUGGCAGCUGAUCACACAAACCAAGAUUGGGGGGGGGGGGCUGGUUUUGAGAGAAGUCAACUUGUCUUCUUCAUCGCAGUUCCUACAUUGGAGGGAGUCAGCCUAGGUCAAACCUACAAUUCUAUGAUGGCUUAUUUUUCAACUUCCAAUGUAAAACUUGUUAUUUUCAGGGUGCUCUUGAGUUAAGCAAUAAUGGAAUAACAUUCUGAGAUGUUUGUUGGUUAUCUUUCAUAUGAUGAGAUUACUUUCCUGUUCUCUGCCUUCUUGAAUAUUUGGUUUGGGCUUUUAAUAUCUGUAAAGCUCAGCAGCAGCAACCACCACAACCACCAAACAAUGUGUUUUAAUAUUGUUGAAGGCCUCCUUGGGAAGUCCCUGAGGGAAAGAGAGACUGAAUACAAAUAUUUUACCUAAUUAACUGCUUACUUUGUUGACAUGGAAUUCAAUCUACUUAAAAAGCAUUCCCACCUGCCAUCCAGGUGAAUAUGUUAAAGUAUUUCACAGCAGACAGAGAGAAUUUGGUAACUGAGGAACUUAAUGCCUGCUAUUUACACUCUUAUGAAUGCUUUCCAAGGAGCAAUGCUUAAAGUGAAAUUGUGUUUGGACAUGCUGCUAUCAUAACUAUUUUUUUGAAGAAUCACAUGCAAAUGCACACUCUCUGUUUCUAGUGUUAGACCCUGCUCUGCUCCACAAUGCUUGUGAAAGAGUGCACAGGGUGGACCCACCAGAGAAUAAGUCAGAAACCAAGAUCAUUUAGCAGACGUGAUGGUUAAGACAAAGAUGCAAAUGAAAAUGUCUCCUAAUAAAAAUGUUGUUGUUGUUGUCAUCCUUGCCUGUUCCCAUUAAAAUUCCAUCACUGCUGCAUGGCAACGUGAGGGUGAUGAGCCACGACUGAGCCAGCUCUGCUUAUUAGGAAACGUGAACAGAAACAAAUCCCCUUUUCAAGCAAAACAGACAAAACUGUGAAAUGUGCUGUCGCACUUAUUUACCCAUCAAAUCCUUAAGAGUUUCACAACCACACAUUCUUAUUAAUCAAAGAAAUGCCAUGGGAAACCUAUAUUCAAUGGUGUUGUUUUCCCCCUAAAGGUUAAGUAAUACCUUUGCUGAAUAGUUUCAAAUGCACAGCACCACCAAAUGAGCUACUAUUAAGUUUCCCUCCCUCUGUAAGCUCAGAAACAGAGUGCAACAUUACAAGAGCAUCCGUGCAUGAUAAGAAGAUUCGUCUCCAAUGCAAAUCAAACUCUAAAUGCUUGUCAAGGUUGGAUUGUAGCAACUGUUAUACAAGUUUCUGAUUUACAUCCUCAACUGAAAGCCAAACGUUUUCCAGCCAACUUGCUUUUUUCCCAUGUUGAUAAGCUGCAGUAACUAAAUAUUCCAGAUGAGUAAUUGCUCCUUAAUGUUAACAGAUCAACCGUAUGUAAGUUUGCACAGAAGCACUACUGAAUUUAAUGAGACUUACUCUCAAUAGCACACAGGAUCUGAGUGUAGUGCAGAUACUUUUUCCCACAGGUGCCAUCCCAAGGCAGUUCAGAAAAGGAAUUAGAGAAGGGGAACAGGGAGAACUAAUCUUCGAGAGGGGCAGUAAAUUUAGAGCAGAGGAAUGGGGGCUGCUGGGUAUACUUGCCCCAGGCCUUGGAAUCAUAUCUAGGCCCUGAUGGGGAAGAUGGCAUGAUGCAGUGGACACAGUACUUCACUUGGAAUGCAGAAACAUGGGUUCAAAUCCUAUAAGACCCCAAAGCUCACUGGGUAAUAUUGGGCUCCCUCAAUUUAACUAUGUGAGGUAGUUCUGUUCAGAUAUUCAAGAAAAUGUCUAAUACAUUCUACAGUCUGUGGGGUGGUGAAGCAAUUUCCUCUAGGAUGGAAAGUAGGAUAUAAAACAAAACAGAUUCAGUGAAUAUUUGGGGAAAUUAUACGAAACUGAAAACCAGAAACUUCUAAUCAGAAGAGGUAACUACUGCUACCAGUUUUAACUUGUUACCGUAUUUGCUUUUUUCUGUCGGUAAAGAAUAUACUCUGUGAUAGGCUUCCCCAAUCUGAUGCCCUCAAAAUGGUUUGGACUACAGGUCCCAAUAACUCCAACCAACAUGGUCAAAUGUUGGGGAUGAUGGGAGUUUUUGACCAGGUUGGGAAAGGCUGCUCUAGGAACAACCACCAAAAGGGCAUAAUUUAAAGGUGAAACUCACUGCUAUUAUCUUUUACAGCCUGCCUAAUUUAAAGAUGAAUCAUUCUCAAACAGAGGGAGAAGAAAAAGUACCGAACGAUGAGCUGGAAUGCAAAAUCUGUUACCAGAAGUUUACCGUCCAGAGCCGCAAACCCAAAAUCUUGGACUGCCUUCACAGAGUGUGUGCGAAAUGCCUGACAAAAAUCCUCCACGUGGGAGAUGGCUCCCAUUGCAUUUGCUGCCCCUUCUGCCGCCACAAGACAGAGCUGCAGGAAGAGGAAGUGGAGGGCCUUCCUGACGACGCAAACAUCAUGUCCAAACUCAUGACAAAAGACAAAACAUCAUGGAGCUCGGACUGCAAAGAAGUUGUCUUGACGCCAAAGAACUUGGCUUCCUCCAGUCCUUCUCAUGGGUCAUCAAACUGUUUGGUGAUUACCAUCAUGGAAGUACAGAGAGACUCCACAAGGACGCCAAGCCAGAACACCCUCUCGGAUUACUACACAGAUCACAGCCUUGACUCGGCAUCUGUGAACUCUCACAGCCACCUGGAUCAAGAUCUUUUCUCUAAGCUCUGUAAUCAUGUCCCCAGAAUACUGGUGUGGCUGCUUGGAUUUUUCUAUUUUGGUUCUUUGCCACUUGGAAUCUAUUUAUUGGUGAUUCAGAAAGUGACCCUUGGAAUUGUCUGUGUCAGUCUCGUGCCAUCCAGUCUAACUGUUUGUCUUGUGUAUGGCUUCUGUCAAUGCCUUUGCCAAGGAAUGUGUGACUGCUCCUCUAGAAACUAACAUUUUUUAAUACUGAAUUUUGGAUAUUGGCACUAUAGACCUUCAAAUGUAUAGGCUAUUUAAAGCCUGCUGUGGGUUUUUUCUUUUUUAAAAAAAUAUCAGUAGCCAAAAAUGAGACAUCUAUAUUUAGAUGUUCCUAACUUUCCAUCCCACUAUCCCAACAGGUAGCCACACUUUAGUGUGACCCACGAACAAAACCCAGAGGGGUUAAUGGCUUUGACAGAGUUAUCCAGGGCAAAGUUGUAGGAUCCCA